UAAUUACCACUAUUUUACAGUGUUCCAUAGUUAAUUUAUGUCUUUACGGUAUCUCUUAGUUAAUUGUAUUUUUUAGCGUUCCGUAGCAAAUUUUGCCUACGAACAUUCGUGGGAUUUGGUUAACUAAAGAGCACAUUUGUGCGAAAAUUAGUAAUAGUGGCGUCAUGGCAUAUGUGUCGUAUCAUAUACUCCUCCACUGCUAUACCUAUAAAUUCCCUGUUCGGUGCUUACUCUUACUCAUGCCGUUCGUGUCUCGAUUAACAAACGCAAAUAAAAACAUACUGACACUAAAAGCACGUGCAUUAUGUCUCACCUGCCGCUGCAACUCGCCGCCGCUAUCAUGGCGCUCGCCGCCGCCGCCACCGCCUGCCGAGCGUUCCAGAUCGAGGAAGCCACCUUCGACGCCAUCCAGCUCGGCUUCAGCAACGGCAGCCUCACCUCCACAGCGCUCGUCCGCUUCUACCUCGACCGCGUCGCCCGCCUCAACCCGCUGCUGCACGCCGUCAUCGAGGUCAACCCCGACGCGCUCGCCCAGGCGGCGCGCGCCGACGCCGAGCGAGCCUCCGGCCGCCGUGGCUUCGGGCCGCUGCACGGCGUCCCCGUCCUCCUCAAGGACAACAUCGCGACGCGCGACCGGCUCAACACGACGGCCGGGUCGCUGGCGCUGCUCGGCUCCGUCGUCCGCUGCGACGCCGGCGUGGCGGCCCGCCUCCGCGCCGCCGGCGCCGUCAUCCUCGGCAAGUCCAACCCCGCCGAGUGGUCCAGCUUCCGUCCCUUGACGAACGGCUGGAGCGCACGCGGCGGCGAGACGCUGAACCCGUACGUGGUCACGGCUACCCCGUGCUGGUCGAGCAGCGGUUCGGCGGUGGCCGCGGCGGCGAACAUGGCGGCGGUGACGCUGGGGACGGAGACAGAUGGGUCGAUAAUCUGCCCGGCGUCGUGGAAUUCGGUGGUCGGGAUUAAGCCGACGGUGGGUCUCACCAGCCGGGCCGGCGUCAUCCCGAUCACCCCUCGACAGGACACCGUUGGGCCAAUAUGCCGUACAGUGUCGGAUGCUGUCCAUGUACUGGAUAACAUUGUUGGGUAUGAUGCACUUGAUGCUGAAGCCACUGGAGCAUCAUCCAAGUAUAUCCCACCUGGUGGAUAUGGACACUUCUUAAGGAUGGAUGGAUUGAAGGGCAAGAGGAUUGGUAUUCCCAAUGGCUUUUUCACUAAAGAAAAAUAUGGGAAGAAACAAUUGAUGGUAUACCAAAAACAUGUUGCAUUAAUGAGGGAACAUGGAGCCAUGGUGAUAGAGAAUAUCGGCACCACAGAAAAUCAGACUGAAGUAAAGAAUCAUCUUUUCGAAAUUGAUCUUGUCGCUAUGAAAGCAGAGUUCAAGUUAAGCUUAAAUGCUUAUUUGUCAGACUUGCUGUACUCCCCAGUUCGUUCUCUUGCAGAUGUCAUAGCAUUCAACAAUGCACAUCCUGUGGAGGAGAGGCUUAAAGAUUUUGGACAGAGCUUUCUUACUGAUUCCCAAAAAACCAAUGGCAUUGGACCCAGGGAGAAAACUGUACUCAAGAUACUCAAAGAGAUAUCUACUGAUGUGUUGGAGAAACUGAUGAAGAAGCACCAGUUGGAUGCGAUUGUCACACCCAACUCUGACGCCUCCACCAUUUUCGCCAUCGGCGGCAUGCCGGCGAUCGCUGUACCAGCUGGGUAUGACAAUCAGGGAGUGCCAUUUGCUAUCUGCUUCGGUGGAUUGAAGGGCUACGAGCCGAGGCUUAUCGAAAUGGCCUAUGCUUUUGAGCAAGCUACCAAAGUUCGAAGGAUGCCACGUUACAAGCACUAG